AUGGCUCACGGGCCCAGCAGCUCCCCAGACAACGUGGAGAAGCUGCUGGCUGCUGCAGACCAAUUUAACAUCAUGGGUGUUGUCAGGGGUUGCUGUGAGUUCCUCAAGUCGGAGCUGUGUUUGGAUAAUUGUAUCGGCAUCUGCAAGUUCACAGACUACUACUACUGCCCUGAGCUGAGGCAGAAGGCCUACAUGUUCAUACUGCACAAUUUUGAGGAGAUGGUGAAAGUCUCAGCAGAGUUUUUAGAGCUCUCAGUCACUGAACUUCAGGAUAUCAUUGAGAAAGAUGAGCUCAACGUCAAACAAGAAGAUGCUGUAUUUGAGGCCAUUUUAAAAUGGAUUUCUCAUGACCCCCAAAAUAGGAAGCAGCAUAUUUCAGUUUUGCUUCCCAAGGUUCGCCUGGCUCUAAUGCAUGCUGAAUACUUCAUGAACAAUGUUAAGAUGAAUGACUAUGUCAAAGACAGUGAGGAAUGCAAGCCAGUCAUCAUUAAUGCACUGAAGGCCAUGUAUGACCUAAACAUGAACGGACCUUCUAAUUCUGACUUCACCAACCCACUCACCAGGCCCCGCCUGCCCUACGCCAUCCUAUUUGCAAUUGGUGGCUGGAGUGGUGGGAGCCCCACCAAUGCCAUUGAGGCAUAUGAUGCUCGGGCAGACAGAUGGCUGAAUGUCACUUGUGAGGAAGAGUGUCCUCGUGCCUACCACGGGACAGCUUAUUUGAAAGGCUAUGUUUAUAUCAUUGGGGGGUUCGAUAGUGUAGACUAUUUCAACAGUGUCAAGCGUUUUAACCCAGUCAAGAAAACGUGGCACCAGGUGGCCCCAAUGCACUCCAGGCGUUGCUAUGUCAGCGUGACAGUCCUCAGUAAUUUUAUUUACGCCAUGGGAGGAUUUGAUGGCUACGUGCGUCUCAACACUGCUGAACGUUAUGAGCCAGAGACCAACCAGUGGACACUCAUUGCCCCCAUGCAUGAACAGAGAAGUGAUGCGAGUGCCACAACACUCCAUGGAAAGGUCUACAUAUGUGGCGGGUUUAACGGAAAUGAAUGCCUGUUUACAGCAGAAGUGUACAACGCUGAGAGUAAUCAGUGGACAGUCAUAGCACCCAUGAGAAGCAGGAGGAGUGGAAUAGGCGUAAUUGCUUAUGGAGAACACAUAUAUGCGUCAGACAGACUUAAAUGGCUCGUCAGUGCCAUCAAGGACCUCUAUUAUCACCAAAUCCAAUGA